UAGCCGGCAAGACUAAUUCAUAUACAAGUAUAGCCCACGUGAAAGGAACAAAUAUUAUAUUAACUCCAAUUGAAUAAUAAAAAAAUAAAAAAAUAAAAAAUUGGAGCACAUACAUGGAUGGCUGACUUUACCAGGUGUAAGUUUGGAAGCUACUCCAAUCACUCCGAGAUUAUACACCAGAUUAUCUGGGCAUGUUCAUUGGCAUUGGAGCAAUGGAGAAGCUCGUUUCUAGCUGGUACAACGUUCAACCCUUGCCGGACAAUUACAUAUUCCCACCAGAUGCAAGACCCGGGAAGCUAGACGUUCCUUUAUGCAACAACAUUCCAGUGAUUGAUAUGGGUGGAGCUGGAGCAGAAGCUCAUGACAGAACCUCUAUAAUUCAGCAAAUGCUGAACGCGAGCGAAGAAUUUGGAUUUUUUCAGGUAAUCAACCAUGGCAUACCAGAAAAUUUGCUGAAAGACACAAUGAGGGUGUUCAAGGAGUUUUUUGAGUUACCUUUAGAGGAUAAGGCAAGCCUCUACUCUGAGGACCCCAACAAAAACUGCAGGCUCUUCACCAGCAGUGGCAAUUAUGACUGGGAAGAAGCUCAUUUUUGGCGUGAUAUCUUAAGACACUGUUGUCAUCCUUUGGAGCAGUGCAUCCAAUUUUGGCCUCAAAAGCCAAUUACAUAUAGAGAGCAUGUUGGUGCAUGUUCCACCCAAGUGAGGGAAGUGGCUUUGAACAUUUUGCAGCUAAUCAGUGAAGGACUUGGGCUAGAACCUGGGUAUUUCAGGGAUGAACUUAGCCAAGUGUCUUUACUCUCAGUCAAUUAUUACCCACCUUGUCCAGACCCAAGUUUGACAUUAGGGGUACCUAAACACUGUGACCCAAACCUCAUAACCAUUUUACUUCAAGGGGAUGUAAAUGGGCUUCAAGUUUUCAAGGAUGGGGAAUGGAUUGGUGUGGAGCCUCUUCCCAGUGCACUUGUGGUCAACAUAGGCUAUCAGUUACAGAUUAUCAGUAAUGGGAAGCUGAAAUGUGCCGAACAUCGGGCCGUUACGAAUUCCAGAAAUGCUAGGACAUCUACUGCAUUUUUCUUUACGCCUUCCCCUGAUUGUCUCAUAAAACCUGCAGGAGCUCUUAUUAACGCAAGCAAUCCCCAACGCUAUAAAGCCUUUCAGUACAAAGAGUUCAUUACCAACUAUGCUAUGAAGCAGGGUAAAACCGACAUUGUACUUGAACCAUUCAAGCUCCAAGCUUAGUUGAUGAUCAUGCUGUGAAAAAGGAGAAAUGCUCUUGAACUUCUGGUUGAGCUUUGUUCAUUUGAAUAACUGUCUUUUUGCUCUAUGUAGAGGCAAAAGCAGAGCAACUGGGUGUACAUUGACAUUGUAAAAUUGUUCACUGGAUCAUUCAAGUUUAAAGAGAAGUUAA